AUAUUAAAGAGAGUUGCCUAAACUGCGCAGUCUUUAUUUUAUGUGGAAUUGCAGAGUUACCACCUAAAUUAUAGUGUCACUUUUGACGUUAGUCUGACAUUAUUUCGCCGUCAAUACAAUAGCAAAGAUACUUUUUAAUUUAUUAAUCGUUCAUUGUGCGAAAUAAAUUUCUGUGCAAGAAAGUUUCCCACUAAUAGCUACAAUGUCGUUAAACACGGCACACAUAAACGGAGGAGUAUUGAUUCACUCUGGCGAACAAAUCAUACUUUUCUCCGACAAUGUACACGUUGAAUGGUCCGGACAAGAUGCUAGUGCUUUCAAAAGCAAGAAAAGCGGAAGAAUUUUCCUUACUACACACCGAAUUAUCUUCAACAGUAGUUCCCAAUCAGAUGAAAUGCAGAGCUUUAGCUUCCCUUUCAUUACCCUUAGUGAGGUUGAGAUUGAACAACCAGUUUUUGGGGCAAAUUACAUAAAAGGGAAAGUAAGAGCACAACCUAAUGGCAACUGGGUAGGAGAAGCAAAAUUCAAGAUUACAUUCAAACAUGGUGGAGCUAUUGAAUUUGGACAGGCUUUAUUAAGAGUUGCACAAUAUGCAACACGAGGAGCAAUGAAUAAUGAGCCGCCACCGUAUGAGCCCCCACAGCCACAAUGGUAUGCUGCUCCUCCCCCAGCCUAUGCGCCUCCCCCACAAGGUUACUAUGGAUGGGUGCCCCCCACCAAUGUAUUUCCACAACAUCCCCCAACUGAUGCCGUGUUUAUGACUGACGUCCCACCACCAUACCCCGGAAUAUACCCAGGCGGACAACCAAACGGUUAUGGCCCAGGUCAAGGAUAUGGAGCACCAGGCGGUUAUGGACCUCCUCCAGGAGCAGCGGGUGGCUAUGGUCCCCCUCAAGGAGCAGCUGGUGGUUAUGGUCCUCCUCAAGGAGUGGCUGGUGGGUAUGGACCUCCUCAAGGAGGCGCAGGCGGUUACCCGCCAGGAGCCCCUAGCGCUCGAUUUACAAAUGCAGCAGACGCCAAAGCGGCUGAAGCUGCCCAGUCUGCUUAUUAUGAUCCGAACCGGCCCCAAAUGGCAUAUGUACCACCUCCAGCAUAUUAUGAAAAUCCGCCAAGCUAUAACCAAGCAAUGACAAACAAUAAGAAAGAGCAGUAAGGGAAUUAGAAUUUAUCUCACAUAUUUAGCGCUAUAUGUUUAUGCAUACUUACCUACCAAAAAUAAUGUUUUAUUAUAGGGUAAUGUGACACAAGUAUUCUUAUGAAUAUUAUUCUACAUACAGUAUACAUUAAUACUCGAGGAUGAUGUUAGUUUAUAUUCUUUUGGUAUUUAAUCUAAUGGAUAUCAGAGCUGUAUAACUGCUUUCGAUCUUUUGAAAUCUACCAUUUCCGAAUUGACACUCCGCAGAUUAAUCAUUUGAUGAUUUUAAAAUCAGGCAGUUCUGAAUUAUCUAUGGCAUGAAUUUUAAGAUUAUGAAACAUUUUACUCCAAAAAUGUAAUGUUGAUAAAGUCAGUCUCAAAAUCACGAACAAGAAAUGACAAAACAAUGAAAACAUUGUAAUUGACUUAUGGUAAUUAGAAGAUAUGUACUUCUUAAUAAAUGUUGAUCUUUAAUUGUAUAUUAAAAAGAAAACUCUAUUUGGUUUAAAUACCAAAACUUUAUGAAUAAUAACUAAUGUUAUAGAUUAGAAAACUGUAUAUUUGUUAUUGCAUUCCGUUUGUUUUCUUUAAUAAAAAAGUUAUGCUGCAAUGUUAUUUGCUUAAGUAAAAUAAAAAUAAAGCAAAAUAGAAAAUCAAUAUUAGGUUAGGCACGGCUUUUGGAUAAUGAAAACAUGCAUUUAACUAUGUAAUAAAAUUAAUUUAAGUUAA